AUGACCGGCGGCAGCGCGAGAAAAGAGCAGACGUGUGCGGUGUGCGGUGGGAGUGGGAAGGUUGUGUUCGAGAUCUCAUUCUGUUUCUAUGGCAAGUGGGUCCAGACUCCAGAGAGACACACCCAAAAUUCGCAACUAGCCAAGGAGAAGGUGCUAGCGCCGGCGCCCGGUUCGCCUGGUCGGUGGUCGCCGGCCCUAGCAAACCAAGUGGGCGGCGCGGCGAAUCAGCGUGGGCAAAUUGGGCGCGGCCACGCGGGCAAACCCUUGCGCCGUUCUCGUGCCGUCGUGUGGCUGACGCCUGUGACCGGCGUUGCCCCGGCGGAUAGACGUUGCCUAGUUGCGCGUGGGACAGGCGACAACGGCCAGAUCAGGGCGUCUGGCAACAGCAGUACAGCGGGUGGUGCUUUUGGUGGAAAUAGGGGGGUGAGGCCUGUACCUCCUGAAAAAGGUGUAUUCCCAUUGGAUCACUUACAUGAGUGCGACUUGGAGAAGAAAGACUAUCUUGCCUGCCUGAAAUCUACAGGGUUCCAAUCUGAAAAAUGUCGGCAGUUCUCAAAGAAGUAUCUGGAAUGUCGAAUGGAGAGAAACUUGAUGGCAAAGCAAGACAUGUCAGAGCUUGGGUUCAGAAAUGUGGACGAAGUGGAUACAUCUCCUGACAUGAACAGGCAACUGGAGAGCCCUCCUAGGCAGCAGAGUAGGACUUUAGUUGUUGUAGUCCCACCUGUAGACCAGAUGGGAAUGUUCUUGGACAAGCUUGAACGGACCAUGAUCAUUCACAAAGAGGGUCAGACGUCAGAGCCCCAGGUCACGGUUUGCCUACGGGGUGAUAAGUGGACAAGGAUCACCUUCAAGCCUGACCUUGCCAAGUUCAACAUGACUCAUCUCGAUGACGAUUUCAUAGCCCUCACGAGGAAGAGGGUUCUUGAUGUUUCAGCCAUCCUAGGAAUGACAGUUCAGGUUGUGUUCAAUGGCCAUAAGGCGCCAUUGUUCGAGCACUUCGGAGACUAUGUCUAUCAGUACAUCAAAGCCCUUUUCCAGGCACUUCGGAGAGUAUGUCUAUUCUGA